AUGAAGACAAAGCUCGACGGGAGAGAUUGGGCCGGAAAGGCUCUUGCUUCUCAACAAGAAUUCUUAAGCGCUUCUACGCCAGAUCCAAUCUAUGCAUAUUUCGGUGUCUCGGCGGCUGGAAUGGCUGAUCCCACUGGAACAAAGGAUGGUUUCUCUUAUCAGACAUUUGAUUUGCGCGAGAACUGUUCCGCAAGGAAGCAUGUGACGAGCAUGUCUACUGAUGUAGACGUCUUAGUCCCACUCCCGAUCUGUGAGCUGACCGACACCUCAAUCCAGCCAACUGCUGCGCUUCAUGAGUUUUCGAACGUGACUAGCGGUGGUGUCGUGCACUUGGAUAUAAAGUCGACCACAUGUCGCCUCGGGUUCAGCAAUUAUACUAAAGUCUACGUGCACAUGAAGAACCCAAGAACAGAGCUAUGCGAACCACGUGAACUAACGGCCGAAAUGCAACGGGUCAAUUGCACCGAGAGAUAUCCCCAAAGUCAGUCUUCUGCACUAUUUGAUGAUGAAAAUGGCGAUUUUCGUUGGUUACUCACCGUUUCGGACAUCCGUUACUCCCAAAAAUUUACCCCUAGCUCUACCCCGCGGCUGAAUAUCUCACACUGGACUCGGGAUGUGAAACAAGUAACUACAAUUUUGUGCAAACCGCAAUAUACUGUCAUGCGAAGGAAUCUGACGUAUGAACACUAUGAUUCGGGGAUACCUCGAAUUCAACUGCAAAACCCCAACGAGCGUCUGAGUAUAGUGAAUUUAGAUGGAAUAUCAAGUUCGGUACUCAGUGGGGCAGUUUUUCAGUCCCUAAAAGCAGGCGCUCUUCUUUUCCGUCCUAUCAAUCCGCAGCCUGAAACCUUACCUUCAAAUGAUGGAGUAAACACGCUAUUUCAACUAAUGGUUAAAGGCUCAGAAGGAGGAGCUACGUUGGAGAAGUUUCUUGACGGCGAGAUCAUGAACAAAGCAUUCCAAAGAGUUUACGGUGGCAUCGCAUCCCAAUUUGCGCAACAAAAUCUACUCGUUCCAAUAUCUGAGGAUAUUACUGGAAAGGUCGUCUAUAUUGAGGACCGCUUGCACGUGACAAUUCAUUCGCUCUGGGUAAUGCUUGCAAGUUUCGUUAUUUUGUCGGUCUUAACGGUAAUUAUACUCUUCACGCGACCGUCUGAGUUUGCGUCACGAGAUCCCGGCUCAAUUGCAGCACAAGCUACGAUUCUUGCCGGAAGCAAUGAGCUUCAGCCACUGCUACAGGAUGCUGGUCAUCUAUCGGGUCGUGGUAUCGGAGACAAACUUCGAAAUUAUACAUUCAGAACUUCUACUUACCGAUCGUUCAGGAUCACUGCUCGUUAUGACCUGAGAGAAAGCAUCACCUCUAUCGAUGAACACGUUGUCGAAGCAAGUGGAUUCUGGAAGCCUCUCGCUGCAAGGAGGCCUAUGCUCGUCCUGACAUUUAUUAUGCCGAUGCUUGCUAUUUCGGCGCUUGAGAUAAUGCAACAGUUUUCAAAUAGUAAUGAAGGAUUGAUGACCAUACAUUCGGCAAAAUGGAAAUAUGUUCCACAGUAUCUUUGUGCUGUCGUGGCUGUUAUCAUUGCAACAUUUUAUAAUAACCUAGACUUUACCGUUGCCAUGUUCGCACCAUUCGAGGCUCUCCGCAAAGGCAACGUGACAGCAGGACGCAGCAUCGUAACGCACCUUCUUGGAAAAAUCCCUCUGGUUGCUCUUUGGGAUGCAGUGCGAGGAAACCAUAUCGGCGCAAUAUCAUCGACAAUUGCAGCAUUUGCGGCCAGCUUUUUAACUAUUGUUAUUUCCGGUUUAUGGAAUAUAGACCCAUCAGUCCGUCAAUCGCAUUCUGCGAUUGCUUACCGAACAGACCAUUGGAAUGUGGCAUUGAAAAACUACAGUUCCAAUGAUGGAAAUGCUGGUUUAGUCUUAAGACUCCUUCGACAUCACAACCUGACCACACCGCCGUGGACGUGGAAUGAGUUUAUAUUGCCAAAAAUCCACGUUGAUGCACCGAAUGCUCGCCUUGGGCUCGUGGAUCGGGACGAAUACGUACCCAAGAGUCCGAUUACUUAUACGUUCACUCUUCCAGCAUUGAGGCCCUCAUUGAAUUGCAGACUCCUCACAGCAGACGAUAUCUCUUUGGCCAAUUCUUAUGGGCCAGGGCCACAUCAAGGGACCUACCAAACAAUUACCACAGCAGCCGUGCGCGCAAAGCUGCCACCCAGCUGUCUUGCCACCCUACCUGAAAAUGUGACUAUUGCGGAGUUUAAUCUUACCUAUCUGGAAGUUGAAGGGUUCUCAACAGGCGGAGGCUACGUUGGUUCUCUAUUCGAUUUAUAUCUUCCACCGCUGGAUCCCGCUCAUCUAGUGGAUAUAUGGGAAAGGCAAGACAAUCCAAUUGGCUGUCCAUCUGUCGGCAUCGCAUUUGGCUAUAUGCGUGCCAACCACACGUCGUUAACCAAUAUAACGGCUGCAAUCUGCAAUCAAGAAAUCCAGAAAAUCUCUACCGAGGUUACAUUCGCUGGAGAUCCAAAUUUAGGCUUCGUCGAUCAUACAGAUCCACCCAAAUAUAAAAAUACACUACCGAUAGAGCUGCUAACCAACGGCACAAACGGGUUUUCUUCGUUCUCCUUUCGCGUGCAAGAACCUCUUCGACCGUCACUGGAAACUCACAGUAAAGGUACAUCGCAGAAAGGUCAGCCUCCCGGUCCAGAGACAUUCGACAUCUUCUACGAGAUCAUACAUGGACCAUACGGUGACACCUCUCCUGAGUUAUUAAUGGGCGCAGAAAACGCAAAUAAGCUCCUCGAUGUCGUUAACCAUUACUACAGACUUUACAUGACGCAGGUUAUCAAUCUUACGUUACGCAAACCAAUGGAUACCCCCGAAACCAAACAACGGUGGCGGCGGCAAGUUGCUGGAAAUAGCAAUAACAAUCAUGAUCGUGAUAAUGAUAGCGAUGCCAGUUCCGCUCUCAACCCGCCCUCUCAGCAGAACUUUACAGGCACGCUACACAUCGCAACACCUCGGCUAAAAUCCAAUUUCGGCCCCAAACUCGCUCUCCAGCUCAUACUAGCCGUCAUGGUUAUCUUGGGGUGUCUGGCUGUGUUUACGAUGCAAGUGCCUUUGGAUGAUGCAUCUUUUUCUCUCUUGCUCUUCAUGUACAGUAGGGAAAGCAAAAAGCGGUUUGACCUUCGGUUCUUCUAA